AUGGGGUUCAUCUGCUUCCUUUUUCUCGGAUCAAGAGAGAAAAACCCACACGUGGAGAGGCCAAGAUCACAGCCAUGGAGUAGGGGCGAGAGGCAUAGGGACAUAGCAGCAGCACCCAGUGGGGUACGAGGUGGACGUGGCCAGCAGAAGAAGAAGCUGCGACAGAGUCUCUUUGGAAACACUGCCCACGACUUCAGCUACGACUGGAAAAAGGCCCACUUCAAGUUCCACGGUCCUCUCUCUGCCCUGGCUUUCACUUUGGAAGUGGAAACGGGAGGUGCCAGGAGCAUCCAAAUGGCCGUACAAGGAUCCAUCAUCAAAUAUUUGCUGUUCACCAGGAAGGAAAAAGACAGGAGCUUCCGUAGUUUGUGUGAACUGAGCCGGCGACACCAGGAGCAGGCCCUGGCCGGGGCAUUGGCUGGCAUCCUGUGGGCCGCAGGAGAAGCUCAGAAGGCCACCGUCUGUCUUGUCACUGAGGACACUUACAUUGCCCCCACUCCUGACUAUUCCUUGGAUGGUCUUGCUGAGAGGUUCAAAGGGGAAGGAAGUCAUGGUGUCAUCCUGUUUCUUUACAGUCUGAUCUUCUCCAGAACACUUGAGAGGCUUCAGAAGGACCUGGAUGUCACCACCACACAUCUGUUGCAACCAAAUGCUGGAGGCUUCCUGUGCAGACAGGCAGUCCUGAACCUGAUUUUGAUUGGAAGAGCAAGUCCAAACGUCUUCAACGGCUGUGAGAAGGGGAAGUCUCAGGACAUACUACGUGGAGUCCUGACCCGCAGUGACAUUGGCUAUUUGCAGUGGGGUAAGGACCCCUCUGAGGGUGACCGACUCUCACAGGAUACAGCCAGCUACCCUCACUGCUGUGGACCCCCGUUACUCUUUGAUUUGGAGGCAGGCAGCAUGCUGAAGACCCCCAGAUACCCCAUUUGGCUGUGCAACACCAGUGGAAAUUACAGCGUCCUCUUUUGCACAAACAGACAGCUCUCGUCAGACUGGAAAGUGGAGCGUCUCUUUGAUCUGCACUUUUACAGUGGCCAGCCCUCGCAGAAAAAGCCUGUGUGUCUUACA